UACAAACGAGUCGCAGAGGAGCACGACGUCGAGUUUCUCGAGCGAUACACUACUGACAUGGACCUUUUCUCUGCUGUCAGCACAUCUCUCAUUGUCACGAUGGUGUCCAAUCUCAGUCCCGACCCCAGUGAUAUCACGAAUGCCCUUUUGAAGCAACUUGUUCAAAUCGGACCGGGCAAUCUCGCUGCAGCGGGCUCCACACUCACAGACCCAGCAUCUACGUGGUUUCCGAGCGCGCCGACCUUAUGGAUCCAAACGAUCGCAUGUGCAAGCUUGUCCAUGAGUUUGCUCGCCGCGUUCUGGGUCGUACUAUGUAAGCAGUGUAUACUCUGUGCUCAUUUCACUACCCAGGCCCUGUACAUAUGGCCGGCACAUUCGCACGACGAUCUCUUCAGCAAUUAA